AACGCGCGAGGAUUGGACGGGCUGAAACGGGGGGCGCGGGGGCAGCACGUUGGGGUGCGCGCUACUUAAGGUCCUGCUGCGUGAGCCACUGACGUGUUUGGAGCUGGAGCCGGCUCGGGUGCUGGUGGAGAGGCGACCGGUGGUUUACGGCGUGGUGUUUCUGCUUCCGGAUUGAACACUCACACCAGACUGUGAGCAGCCUGGGGGCCUGGACGUGUUCAGUAACGUGCCCUUCCCCGACCACGGAUCAAAGCUACGAGGAGAGUAGGAAUCCGGAACUUCUUUGGAAGAAGCAAUCCUGUAAAAUCCUGUCUUCCGAGGACGAAAAGCUUCUAGAUGCAGUUGGACUCUGUACUGAGUUUCCAUCAAGAUGCUUCUGUUAGCUGGAUAUUUUCAAUGAAGUGAGAAGACAAGAUGCCCAUAGUUACACGGAGGCUGAGAGAUCCUGACAUAAACCCUUGCUUGUCGGAAUCUGAUGCGUCUACCAGAUGUAUGGAUGAAAAUAACUAUGACAGGGAGAGAUGUUCCAAUUACUUCUUGAAGUACAAAAACUGCCGGCGAUUCUGGAAUUCUGUCAUGAUCCAAAGAAGAAGAAAUGGAGUUCAGCCAUCUAUGCCUACAGCAGCAGAAAGAGAUGAAAUUUUGAGAGCAAUGCAAAAGAUGCCCUAUUGAGUAUUUGCAUUAAAAUUGUUUCUAUAACUUGAA